AUGCUGGCACUGAUCCUACGAACAAAGGGACAAACUACAAAUAGCACGCUAGCCAACACUUAUGGUCCUGGUGACGACACCGCUCGUCCAGGACUGCGUUCGUCCAGGUCUCGUGGUCGUUCGGUGAAUGUCAAGGAUAUGCUACCUCUCAAUACGGAUCUCGCUCAGUAUGAUGCUGUAAUCACGUCGUUCACUAGAUUGGCGCGGGAAUGGAGACUCCACCGACCAACUUGUGCUUUGGAGGAGCGUAUGCCUGAACGUUACGGCUUUGAAGGCCCGCAACGAUAUGCUGACGGAACCUUUCGCGGAGAGGUGUCAUCUCUUUUGACGGUUCACUGGGUACGAGUAAUUGUUGACGAAGGGCACAAACUUGGCGGCCAGACUCCAUCGGAUUUGAUGCAGCUGGCCCGUUUGCUGUGUGCCGAAAGACGGUGGGUGAUGACCGGAACGCCGACGCCAAACACCCUCCAAUCAGCGGACCUCCGCUAUUUGCAUGGUCUGUUAGUGUUCCUUCGAAAUCUGCCUUAUGGGAGUCAAGACGGACAGGCGUGGGCGAAGGCGAUUGCUCGUCCGUUUGAACGCAAUGAGCUCAUCGGGUUUUAUCGCUUGCAGCACCUUCUUAGUCGAAUCAUGAUGCGGCACACAAAAGAGUCGAUUCGUCAGAUAUUGCCGGAACCAAUCCGACGUACUGUGUUUAUUGAUCCUACGCCAACCGAGUACGCGCAAUAUAACGGAGUUGCCGCAGCUGUCCGUGCUAACUUGGUUAUUACGAAUAUGGACCCCAAGACUCCUGGCUGUCAGCAUCCGGAUAGCCUUUUGAAUCCAGUUAAUCGAAAAGAGGCGUUGCGUGUUGUUUCUAAUCUUCGGUCAGCAUGUUGUGGUGGGUCUGCUGUCAAAGUUUCGCUAGCUGAGGCUUCUCGAUUGGACACGAUCAAUAUGCUUAGUGCACUCGAAGUUGACGGUGACAAUGUGGCAAUUGUACUCGAGUACCUUCGCAGAGUGCAACUACAAGGGGUAGUCACGGAGUGUGAAUGUUGCAGACGCAAGCUGCAGCUACUUAUGAUUAUCCCAUGUGGGCAUUUGUGCUGCGCAGACUGUGUCGAAGAUCGGAUGCGACGAGUCGGUCCCAGAUGUUUUCGCUGCAAUGCAGUGUUUGAUCGGGAAGCUUUCCAACGACUUCAGCCUGGCUUUGAGUUUGAAAUGGUGGAAGAUGUGGCGUUAGUGAAUGUUAACUUCAACUCAACUCAAAAUGAUCGCCAUGGAGGGCAUGUCAAUGAGGUGCAGCAGCUCGUAAAUCAAGAUCAGCUGCUCAAUAGGGAAGGACAAAGAUCUCGGAGGCAUGGUCGAACCCGACGCGGUCCGGAGGUGAAUGGUCCAAAUGGUCCACGAGAGCCUCGGCGUGCAAUCGAUUAUACUCGUGACAUUCAUUUCAUCGACGCCAGCAAAGCAUUCUAUGCUGCAACCAGAAUCAAGGAGCUAAAGAAAGAGCUUCUAUACGGCGCCGUAGCUCCAAACGGGCGUUCUCCGCGACAUCAAGCACGUCAUCUCAAGGCAAUCAUUUUUUCCCAGUUCAAGGAGCAUAUUUGGCAUACUAAGGUUGCAUUUGCUCAGCAGGGCGUGCCCACAGCUGACUUUAUCGCCGGACGGAGCCCAGAACUACGAAUGGCGCAUCUCCUGCGCUUUCGCGAGGAUCCCGAUGUGAAUGUCCUGCUGCUGACAGAGGUUGGCUCGCAUGGCUUGGACCUUUCUUUCGUUACGCACAUUUUUCUGAUGGACGAGAUCUGGGAUAAAUCACUGGAGCAGCAGGUUAUAAGCCGGGCUCAUCGAAUGGGUGCGAGUCGAGCCGUCGUGGUGGAACAAUUGUGGAUGCGAGGCAGUGUAGAGAGCCUAAUCUAUCGACCGUAUGAGACAGAGGCCAGUGAGACCGACUUGAACGAGGCCAAUUUAGAAGCACGAGCUUCUACGAAUCGACCACGAGUACGCGGGAACGACUCGCUCUGGGCUUCACCGAAAAAGUCGAACACUGGAGCAGGGACGAUGUUCGUUGCUCCAAGUAAAAAGCGUAAGCGACACCGGACGAGCACAGAUGACGCUCGGAAAGCUGCAAAAGGCAACAAGCAAACUGCCCUUCAGCGCAAGCUUGAGUUCGUGUUGAACAAUUUGCGCUUGCUUGGAGAAAACGUUGUUGCUGAGCCUGGUGAAGUGCGCUUCUACGUGACGAACGAGCGCAAGGACGUGAUUUGUCGAGCAGUUCACAUCAUGCCCAACCGAGGCUCUCGUGGACGUGCCCUUCUGCCGGCGUCCACUGAGCCACCAGCAGCACAAACGCAGACAGCUGCUUCACCACUGCCAAUAGUCGAGACAAAUGCGCGUCCACGAGCACAAGCAAGACGUGCGGUUGCAUUUGCAAGCGAGACUUUACAGAGCCAUUCUAGACGCCCCGCCUCAGUUGACAUCGUUGUGAUUGGCAGUUCCUCUGAUGAAGAAAGCCUGAAAAAAGAAGACACUGGGGACGGCGAUCUAGAUGAAGCGGAAGCGACGGUCACGGCAGAGAACGCUCGUCGUCGGUGGGAAAAGAUAAGGAGCAUGAUCGGAGCUCUGGACUCGAGCGACGGUAACAUUGAAGCCGCACAAUCGUUCAACGGUGAUGCGAUGAUAAUGAUGAAGCUGCACGACCGUUCAAAGGUGAUGCGUGUGACGAAAACGGGAGAGAAGGUGGCAGUCACGACGGCCGGUGACAAGAUCAACAACCUCAAGGUCGAGACAGUACCAGUAGUUGGCAAGAUUGACGACGACGAUACCGGCACAGACUCGGAGUGA